AUGGUGACGCCAACCAGCCGGUCGACGUCGGUCGGUCUUAGUGUCGUCGUGAUGAUGCUCUUCAUACCAUUGUUCAUGUACUCGGUGGAGAGAUCUGCAGUGAUGCCUAAAAUGAUCAGACAGCUCAUCGGACCAAAGAUAUUAAUCCUAACACCCAUACGAAACGCAGAGACAGAAUUAGACUGGUAUGCAAGACUGAUUUGGAAUUUCAGUUACCCGCGCUCCCUGGUGUCUAUCGCGUUUGGAGAAGACAAUAGUAAUGAUGCGACAGUUUUAAAAGCGACAGAAUUAGUCACAUCGCUCAGACAAGAAUUUAGGCGGGCGGAAAUCUUCCAAUUGCACGAGCUGAAUGGUACAGCGAAGGCAUGGAAGAACAAACAUGCCAAAGCAAUUCAGUACGAACGACGAAGCCAUCUUUCGAUUGUGCGAAACAUGUUAGUGUCGUCUGCUUUAAAAGAUGAAGACUUCGUGCUUUGGAUUGAUAGUGAUAUUGAGGAGGCCCCGCGAGACAUGAUUGACCAGAUGCUACAAGUGCACAAGGAUAUCGUUGUACCCGUCUGCUUGAUCAGACAUGGAAAAAGGGAGACUGUUUACGACAGGAAUACAUGGAUCGAGACGAAAAAAUCGCUGAGGUUUCAGAAGAACGCCGACUCGAACUAUCUCCUCCUCGAAGGUUAUCGUCAAAGAAGACCAUUGAGGUCUUUUGCAUUGCUGAAAAAUGUGAAAUAUAAAGGCGAUGUUGUGAAAGUCGAUGGAGUUGGGGCAUCUGUCCUUCUUAUCAAAGCUGUCCAUAUUAGAAAAGGUCUUUGUUUUCCGCCCUUUGUAUUCAAAAGGCAUAUAGAGUCGGAGGGUUUAGCGCGGAUGGCGCACGAAAUGGGACUGACUAUGUGGCUUAUGCCCAAGUUAAAGGUAUAUCACGCUUGCAAUGAGGAAUCAUCGCAAGCGGCGUGUUUUAAAGAAAAGGACUCCGCUCCGAAAGUCAAACCAACAAAGGUGCCUAGAAGGAGAAAUAAAAAACGACGCAAAUCAUUGUCGACACUUUAG